ACCGCCUCGGCAUCUCAUCAAACCAAACCAAGACAACCUUCACUUUUCCACUCACACAAACACGUCCCGAGAACACACACAGCGCGUCCGAAGAUGAGCGUGGAGAUACUGGACGGGAGCACGGUCCGGAGCUUCGUGGAGGACGAGCGCGCCUUCAACUCGUCGGUGGACGGCCGGUUCGCGGCGCUGGACGCCGACCGCGACGGCCUGCUCUCCUACGCGGAGAUGGCCGGGGAGCUGAUGAGCCUGCGGGUGCUCGAGAAGCACUUCGGCGUGGACGAGGCCGCCGUGGGCGCCGACGAGCUCGCGGGGCUGUACCGCGGCCUGUUCGCGCGGUUCGACAGGGACGGCAGCGGCAAGGUGGACCAGCAAGAGUUCCGGGCGGAGAUGAGGGAGGUGAUGCUCGCGGUGGCCAACGGGCUCGGCUUCCUGCCCGUGCAGAUGGUCGUCGAGGAAGGCAGCUUCCUUAAGGUGGCCGUCGACAGGGAGCUCGGCCAGCUCGCGAAAGCUGCCUAAAGUUCACGGUCUACUGCUUGUUUGAAGAGAUUUUGAUGUGUUUCCUAUUCAUAACUGCAAUUUUGCACUGAGCUAUAUCCGGGAUUGGAACCAGGAUUAUGUCACAACUCGAGCGUGAUUAGUGCGUUCUAGAGCAACUUCUUUGUAUUUUCAUUUCUUUUGAUUUUUUUCUAAUGAAAUUUGCAUGAGUUCAUAUGAUGAAAACUAUAGAUCAUAUGUGUAAUGCAACUCGAAAGACUAAAUCUAGACAAGUCUCACGCCCUA